CGUCGUCAGUCGGGCGUGCGGGUAAGGCCGAGUACAUGCUUUCUGUCACUUUGAACGACAGUGCCAGUGACUUUAACAUUGGCAUCGCUGUCAUAAGGAUGGGCAAAGCAUACCCCGAGGAGGCACGCAGCCAAGUCAAGCAGCUGCUGCAGCAAGGCGUCGCUGAGGAUGAGAUUGAGAAACAAACGGGCGUGUCCGACAGGACUAUUCGCCGCUGGAAGGUAUCCUACCGCGUGUCUGUAUGCAUACACCACCACGGCCUAAUCUUGAAUUGU